AUGACUCCUCUUCACACAAACCAGAAGAUGACGUGGUUCCCCACCAACUUCCAGAAAGCUGCGGGGAUGGAGGUGUCUAAUAGGAAAGUCCUGGUGCUGGUCUUGAUGCUGCUGCUGUCUCACCUGACCUGUGAUGCUCACAGCAUGUCUGAGUGCUGCAGGCAACCAUCUCGCUCCUGUCGCCUCUAUGUCUUGCUGUGUCGCCCUGGCAGCAAGGCCUUGGGUGUACCCCUCACAGGAGAUGCCGCCGCCGGCAUUCUCACUCUUGGUAAACGGAAAGAAGAUGAGCAUCGCUUGCACAGCCGACUCUACCAGCUCCUGCAAGGCUCCAGGAACCAGGCAGCAGGGAUCCUGACGAUGGGGAAGAGGACUGAGGAGAGGGGUGGAGAGCAGUACAUGGACUGGAUGGCUCAGUCGGGAUCUACCAUCACAACACCCCUUCCUCUCUGAAGGCAUACUUAUACCUCACAGUAUAAGAAUACUGGGACUCUGUUAAAAUGUAGGUAGAAAAAUUGCACUAAUUUUG